AUGUCGGCAGGAAUUUACCGAGAGCCAGAAGAAAAGGGCAGUAAGUGGAACUAUCAAACAAGCAACUCCUGUUUCUGCCUUCUGGACUUGUGGUACCCUCAGAGCCUCAACACGUGUGUGCUGGAAUUGGCCGUUGUCCUUUUCCUCACCGUCCUCAUCAUCUCUGGCAAUGUGGUCGUGAUCUUCGUCUUUCACUGCGCUCCCCUCCUCAACCAUCACACCACCAGCUGCUUCAUCCGCACCAUGGCCUACGCUGACUUUCUGGUGGGCGUGAGCUGCAUGGUUCCCUCGCUGUCCCUGCUGCACUACCUGGGUAACCUGGAUGAGGAGCUCACCUGCAAGAUCUUCGCCUACUUGGUGUCCGUGCUGAAAAGUGUGUCCAUGGCAUCGUUGGCAUGCAUCAGUGUGGACCGCUACAUAGCCAUCACCCGUCCCCUGUCAUACAGCACUCUGGUGACACCGUGUCGCCUACGCGGCUGCAUUGCGCUCGUCUGGCUCUACUCUGGCCUCGUCUUCCUUCCGUCCUUCUUUGGCUGGGGCAAGCCGGGUUACCACGGUGACAUCUUCAGGUGGUGUGCUUCGUCCUGGCAGACCAACGCGCACUAUACCUACUCCAUCAUAAUGCUGCUGUACGCACCAGCAGCCGUCACCGUCUGCUUCACCUACGGAAACAUCUUCCGCAUCUGCCAGCAGCACACGCGUGACAUAGCUAGGCGCCGACUGCGUUUCGGGCCCCAGGAAGGUGAGCCCAGCGAGGGCCAGGCCUGCCAGGAUAAGCGCUAUGCCAUGGUGCUCUUCCGAAUCACUAGUGUCUUCUACAUCCUGUGGCUGCCAUACAUCGUGUACUUCCUGCUGGAAAGCGCCGAAAUCUACCGCCACCCGGCAGCCUCUUUCCUCACCACCUGGCUGGCUAUCAGCAACAGCUUCUGCAACUGCCUCAUCUACAGCCUCUCUAACAGUGUUUUCCGGAGGGGACUCCGGCGGCUGUCUGGGGUGUUGUGCUUGUCAUGCGUGCACCGUAUCAGUGGCAAGAAGCCCCCGGGCCCUGGGAGCACACGCUCUACGCUCCACGUGUAG